CAGCUUGCCAACUAUUUCACGAGACAAACGUGCACUGCUAGCUCCGGCAGUUUCCUUAUAAGCACCAAACUCGCCACCCUUCUCUUUUGCUCCCUCUCGAAUUAAUUAAAUUACCCUUAAUUUAUACCUUCCUAUAUAGCCCAUCUUGUUAACUAGCCAGUCCUUCCAAUAUAAUUCCCAUUGCUUGAUGGCUGAUCCGGCAGUACAACGAGACCAUGGCACGUCUGAAAGCCGAAGGAAGGGCACAUCCAUUGGAGGGGGAGGCAAGCGUGCGUCUAUGGAGGCGGCAGUGGGAACGACAACAAUAAAUAGUAAUGCAGUAGGUUCUGGUGGUGGUGGUGGUGGUGGUGCAGCACCAUGUGGGGCGUGCAAGUUUUUGAGGAGGAAGUGCAUAAGCGGGUGCAUAUUCGCACCCUAUUUCGGUUCAGACCAAGGAGCUGCACGCUUUGCAGCUGUGCACAAGGUGUUUGGGGCGAGUAAUGUCUCGAAGCUUUUGUUGCACAUUCCCUUGAACCGCCGGCAUGACGCUGUCGUUACCAUUUCCUACGAGGCUCAAGCUAGGCUCUCCGACCCCGUUUAUGGUUGUGUCUCCACCAUACUUGCUUUGCAACAACAGGUUGCAUCUUUGCAAGCCGAGCUAGCAAUGGUGCAAACUCAGCUGAUAAACAGCAGGUUUGCAUUUGCAAACGCUCUCCAAAUCACCUCGCAGCAGCAACAGCAUGAGCAGCAGCAGAGCCUGGCACUAAUGUUGCAGCCUGCUUACUCUAACAACUCCUCAGCCACCACUAACCUCAUCAACAUGAACAGCUUCACCUCAAAUUUCGACAUCGAGGCGGCCCCGUCUUCACAGAGCUUCAUGGAGCCUCUUCAGCUUUCGAGGCCAUCCCGAGAUGAUGAAGAUGAUGAGGAAGAGAGUCGAGUUCCACUCUUGUUCGCCAAUGAUCGCUAUUGAUUUAGAAUUUUCUGCUGCUUAAUUUUGCUUGCUAUCAUCUAUAUAUAUCGUUUGUUAUCAUUAAACUACUCUUUUUUCACCAAGCACUGAUACAUGUGUGCAUGGGUAAAAUCUUGGGAUAGUUACAUUUCACACUCUCCCGCUUAUUUUAAAUGAUCACGGUAUUUUAUUUUUU